UAUACGCCCCUGACUCCAUGCUGUCCUUUCUGAAAUUCUCAAAAUCAAAACAUUACAAUUUGUAUCCUUUGUGUUCUUUGUGUUUGUGAAAUAGCAAAAAAAUAAAACUAAUAAUUUCAUUUAUUUCGUUAUAAAGUGUUUUUUAAAUACAUUAAAAUCACGUUCCACGGAAAGGAAUGUUUUAAAAUAAUUGUACAAAACAGAAAGUUUUUAAAAUUUCAACAUAAACAAAUUUUAUCAAAUGAAACAAAAAUGAAGACAGGACAAAUAAAAUGCAGAAAGGAAGAAUUAGAUCUUGGAAUUACAUUAAACGGUGGACAAAGUUUCAGGUGGGUCAGUUUGGAAAAUGAAAAAGCUUUUAGAGGAGUUUUCGCGGGACAAGUUUGGACUUUAGCACAAGAUGACUAUAAUCUUCAUUACACAAUACAUGGACUUUCGGAAGAUAUAAAUUGCGAAAAACUAUUAUCAGACUAUUUUCGUUUCGAUGUGUCAUUGAAGGAGAAUCUAGAAAAAUGGUCAGCUACCGAUAAACAUUUCAAAAAAGCCCUUGAAAAAGUUGAUGGAGUGAGAAUUUUAAAUCAAGAUGUCGUUGAGAAUCUUUUCUCUUUUAUCUGUAGUUCAAAUAAUAAUAUCGUUCGAAUUUCCAGUAUGGUUGAGAAACUAAGUCGUUUCUUUGGUGAAAAAAUCUGCGAUCUCGACGGUAAGGAAUAUUACGAUUUUCCAAAAAUCAAUUCACUUGCUGCGGACAAUGUUGAAUCGAUAUUGCGAAAAGAGGGCUUUGGAUAUCGAGCAUCUUAUAUUGCGAAUACGGCGAAACAAUUAUUGACUUUAGGCGGACGUAAAUGGCUGACAGAUUUUCAUAAAGACAGUUCAACGUACGAAUUGGCAAAGGAAAAUCUCGUAACUCUAUCUGGAGUUGGUCCAAAGGUUGCCGAUUGCAUUUGCCUAAUGUCUCUGGGACAUUUAGAGGCAAUUCCAGUUGACACACACAUUUAUCAAGUCGCCAUGGCUAAUUAUAUGCCUCAUUUAAAAAAGCAAAAAAGCGUCACGCCGAAAGUUCAUCAAGAAGUCAGCGAAUGUUUACGAGAAUUAUGGGGUCCUCUCGCCGGAUGGGCUCAGGCAAUUGUUUUUUGUGCAAAAAUCAACAAUCAAUCAUCGUCCCAGUCAAAGGAGAAGACAAAACGAAAAAGUGGCGGUGUAUUGAAGAAAGCGAAGAAGAAACUUAAGGAAAGUUGAAUCAAACUCAAAUAUUAGAGGUAAAGGAAAAGAAAAUAAUAACAGCUGUUUUUCUUAUUUAAAAUUAAUUUAUAAAUUAUUUUUUGAUACAAUAAAAUUUUUUUUUUUCUAAAA